CACAUUCAGGAGCCAGUACCAGCCUGAGCCAGCAGCACAGCAGUGUUACGCCAGCGCAGCAGCAGCACAGCACCACUGAAGUAUGCUCUGAGGAGCAUGUUCCUGAUAAACAGACCGCAGCAGCUAGGUCCACGUAUGACAGUAUAAACUCAGAGCCACAUCCGGUAAAGAGAUGAGCGAUGGGAACGAGGGCUCCGGCAGAGCUCGCAGUGAGUCACGAGUGCGAAAACCCAGUCGCAAAACGUCCCGCACGCGCUCCCGCCAAGACAAGAUCAACAGACCCAAACUCAACAUGAUCAAAGUGUGUGACACAGGAGACAAGAUGGUGGAGUGUCAGCUGGAGACUCAUAACCAUAAGAUGGUCACAUUUAAAUUUGACCUUGACGGAGAUGCUCCAGAGGAGAUUGCCACAUAUAUGGUUGAGAAUGAGUUUAUUCUGUUGCUGGAGAGGGAGAUGUUCAUCGAGCAGCUGAAGGAGAUCAUGGAUAAAGCUGAGGACAUUCUGAACGAGGACGCUGAGGGUGAGAAGACCUCUGUCCAGACCUCAGUGCUCCGUCAGACGCCUGUCGCAGCAGACUCCGGCCCGCAGGGGUCAAAACCUGAGCACAUGCAGUCUGACCAGCUCGUCUAUAAACAGAACGUGCUUCACACCGGAAGGCGCUGGUUCAUCAUCUGUCCUGUGGCGGAGACGGCCGCGCCUGAUGGAGAAGAGGCCGCCGCGAACCCAGAGAGCUCCUCUACAUCUCAAACGCAGGAUGUGAACACAGCCGGUGCCAAACCUCUGCAGAAACGACCAUUGGUGCCACAGGCGUCCCUCUCUGAGGUUGCUCCGUCGGCCAAGGGCCCUCAGGCUGCCUGCGCAGCUGUGGUUCCUGACAUCCCAUGCUGCCCCAUUGUGCCUCCUGUUUCGCUGGACGUCUCUGCUCAGAAAGCGGCGGGGGUCCCUCAGCAGCCGGUCGCUUACACCAGCAGCCCUGGCGCGGAGCCGCCCAUCAGCCAGACCCAGACCCCGCCCGUGGUGCUGCUUCAGCCCUUUGCCACGCCCACUCCACAGGCUUCAGUCAGCAGCGGCCAAUCACAGCCUCAGAGCCCCACCCAUCAGCCUCAGAGCCCCACCCACCAGCCUCAGAGCCCCACCCACCAGCCCCAGAGCCCCACCCAUCAGCCCCAGAACGCCCCGCCCCUGCAGCCAGGUGAAUCGGAUGGGGAAGGGCCGCCCAGGCUGGAGUUUGCAGACAGAACGAUAAAGACUCUGGAUGAGAAACUGAGAAACCUUUUGUACCAAGAGUACCACCCCUCGCAAACCACAAGCUCCGCCUCCGAGCCGCCCGGAUCACCUCCGCUGUCCGGCAGUCAGGGCAGUGACGGUGCCGUGAGGAAAGCAGAAAAACUGCCGCAGAUUCCAGAGAGAUCCGACAGUCUCGGGACCUUGAGUGAUUCUGCUGUCGCCCCCUUCAAAAGACUUCUGACCAGAAAAGACUCCGGGUCCGCUUCUGAUACACACACAUCCAAGAGCCACUUCCAGAUAGUGCCAACAGAUUCAGACGUGUCUUCUCACGAUGGUGGAGAUCACGUGAUUGAUCUUGAAUCUGCAGCUGUUCCUGUAAUCCAGAACGGACACAGAUCCACAUCGAAGUCACAAAGCAACCGUUACUCGGCACCUCCUGACUUAUAUCAGGACACAACUACUUCCUUUUCAGAGGCCAGACCCACAAUGCCUUGCGCUCAGAGCUCGUUGUCAGCGGACGGGAUGGUGCAGUGCUUGUCCUCGGACACCGGAGAGGAGGAUCAGAGUGAGACUCUGUCCACUAAGCCCUCGUCUCUGGCUCCUGCCCAGUCAGAGUCAGGCGGCGGGGACUUCAUGAAGCGGGCAGUGGCGUUCCUCCGGCGCUCGGGACACAACAGCAGCGUCCAAAGCUCCGACUCGCCCCCUUGUCCUCUGGUGAAUGGACACGCCCAUUCGGUUAGCGGCCACGCCCACUCCGCUUACAUCAGCAGUGAUAAUGACUCUGAGCUUGAGGACGCUGAUAUGAAACGAGAACUGCAGAAGCUGAGAGAGAAGCACAUGAAGGAGAUCUCCGAGCUUCAGGCUCAUCAGAGAGGAGAGAUCGAGCAGUUGUACUCUCGGUUAGGUCGACCAGUUCCUCCCAGCAUGGGCUUCUUGCAUGCAGUGCCGCCUACAGGCCGUCGCCGCAGAGCCUCCAAACACAAGCUGAAGGGUAGCCGACUGCUCAAUCCCAUGGUGCAACAUCUUAGGAACAACCGAAGCAACCCCUCUACUGAGACGUGCUCCAGUGUGUCAGGGUCUCCAAUCAAGAGCUCAGUUCUGGGUAACAGCUCAGUGGGAUCCAGCACAGCCACGCUGAGCCCCGUGUCAGAACCGCUGGAGCCAGUCCAGACUCAGCAGCCCUGCUCGCUCAAGGGCUCUCUGUCCUCUGACAACAUCUACGGCCCCACCACACACACACCACCCCGACAAGGCUGGACCGUAUACCACCAAACAUCUGAGCGAAUCACCUAUAAAUCUAGUAGCAAACCACGCACUAGAUUCCUCAGUGGACCCGUGUCUAUGUCCAUCUGGUCCACUCUGAAACGGCUAUGUCUAGGGAAAGAGCGCAGCAGUAGGUCUCAUAGUACUGGUGCUGCCCAUGUGACUUCAGCAUCCAAUCAGAACCUGCCUCCCGCAGCCAUGCCUGCUUCAUCCUCUCAACCGUUCACAGUGCUUGUUCAGGCUCAAGCAAACAACAGCAACAACAAAAGCGGUACAUUCACCGAUGACCUACACAAGCUGGUUGAUGACUGGGCAAAAGAAACUCUUGCCUCUGCCCCCCAGCUCCGCCCCUCUGUGUGUCAGAGUAGACCACAGAGAUCUCAUCAGUCCUUCCAGACCAACCCCACUCCAAUGGCCAGAAUCCCCAAUCAGAUAAGGGGCUCAAUCCCUCAGGCAGCUGUGAAGUUCCAUCUACCACUGUCCUGUCCGCUGUCAGCAGCUCUAGGUCCCAUCAUGCCUCAUGGCAUCACCAGCACCCCAUCACCCAUCCUCCAGCGCGCCACAUACUUGAUGCCCACCGCCCCCUUUGCUGGGAUGAUGCCAGCCCCUGUGUAUCCAAACCAGUGGUCCGGUUUGCCGAGUCCAGUGGGCAUGUUUGCCACGACCGGUAUGGUCCCGUACCCAGCCAUGGUCAGCCCAGCACUGCAGACUUUUCCUCUGGUGGUGAAAAGCCCAGAUGCCCCGAUGUGCCCCAGCAAAGCCAGGACUGCAUAAGAGUGCCACCCUGCGCUCCAAACACCACAACAGACACUGUUUUUUUGCAUAAGGCUAAUCAGUGCACACUUGCAGAAGGAUAAUCAUGCAAGCUCAACACAGCUUAUUAUAGACAUGGAGGCAUUUUCUCCAGGAUGAAUGAAUCGCCCACUAGUUUGCAGAGCAGUGGGAGUUUCUGCAACACUCUAGAAUAUGUUUUUAACUCUGCUUCUGGAUCAAACCACAAUUUCUGAAAAGUAUGUGUGCUUUAGAUCACUGUUGGAUUAUGGACACAUCUGUGCAAAGCCUUUGAGCUUGUAAAUAUGAGGUGUGUGUAUGUGAAUUUGGGCAUGAGUGGUGUGUUUGUGUCAAAACAUCCUGUGGGCACUGCUUUUGCCCCCCCCCACCCCUUUUUUGAAGACCUUUUAGUUCCUAUGUUUGAAUCUGUAUUGAGGUGUGUUAGUAAAGGGUCUGGCUGAGAGUGCUGCAGGACCAUGGCCUUCAAUUCUACUGCCAUAGAGUAUCAUUUAAUAAUAAUUUAGACACAUUUCACAAAGCACGAGCAGAAUAAAUUUAUGACGAUGUAAGAAUUGAAAUUCAUGCUGCUUGUGUUUUAUAAGAGGCCAAAUGCUCAAAGUUGUCAUAAUUGAUAAUAUCAGUCUUACUUCUCUGUUUAGAAUAUUUUUCAUAAAUUUACAGCACUUUUGAGUUGGCUGUUUACAGAAAUAUCCAGCAUUUUUAAACUAUUUCAGACCACAGGACAAAAUCCCUACAUGAAAAUGAAUAAUUCAGGAUGAUGUAGUGCCUUGAUCAGUUUUCCCUCUAAAGGUAUGACUCACUUCUGAGGAAAAGCCAUUCCUCUGUGGUUUAGCAUGGUUUUCCUUCUGUUCCUAAUGCAAUAGUUUUUUCAUAACCCCUGUUUUCAGUCAUGUGGUGGUUUACACAUUUACUGUCCCCUUUGUUGAAGUGAGUUUGCAAUCAAUACAUUUAACAAUUUUAAGUUUAAAUAGGAGCUAUUCUGUGCAGAUUGAUAAAUGAGUGCAGUUCCAGCUGUUGAUGCUUAUGUUUCUGAUUGUUGUACUGCAUUCAUAAGCAAUACUGCACUACCAUACUGUACUAAGCACAGAGGAAGUGAAAAAAAAAAAAUUGUUUACAUUGCGAUGAUGUGAUGUAUUAAUGCAUGCCUUCAAAGUGUUGCAGAUACCAAAAUUAAGAAUUGCUGUCUAAAUAUAUCAAGGAGCAUUUUAUGUGCUUGUGGUCUUGCAGAAACCCAAAGUGCUCCACCUUCCCUCUUUAAAGAGUAACACAGGGACUGAAUGCAGGUUUGACUUUGGAUCGAGUGUUGUGUGAACCCCGAAUGUAGCGUGUCAAAUGCUGGAGCAGUGCAUUGACAUUACAUGCAUGCAAAUCAAUCCCCGUUACCUGCACCAUAACCCCCACCUAUAAUGUAAAAGCUAGCCAGACUUGGCACAGAGCAGAUCUACUUUGCAUUCAUUCACACAAGUUAAGUUACUAUUUGAUCAACUCUGAUUUUUAUUUGCUUUGAAUAGCGGCUGAAGUUGUUUUUUUUUCUCUUUUCUCCAUUUGCUGUUAUGAGCUCUUGCGUGUCGGUGAUGUUGAGAUAUUUUAAUUUCUUUUAGGCGGGCAGUUCAAUUGUUGUUUAAUAAAAGUGAUCCAAUAUGGGAGAAAAUGCAAGCAACAUAGCAUGGCAUUAGCUCACACAUAUACACAUGUACAAAAUGUAUCUGUUUCCAAAACCCACAUCUCCGUUUAUACAGUAUUAUUUGUUAUGUUUGUGAGAUUUCAUCUUGUUUUGAUGUGUAAUUCAGUCGCAUUUCUGAUAGAGCCAGCAGACUGUUUUCUUUCUGAAUUCUUCAAUAUUCUUCAUCAGACUUUGAGUUUUUUUUUAAAACCUCAUUUUCAACAGUAUCUUUGUAUAGGCUGUGACCCACACAACUGUAAAACUGUGAAUUGUACAGUCCUCUUUUAUUUAUUUUAUCAGUGCUUUGAUGCAUCUUCUAUCCUUUAAUGUGUCAUUCCAUCCAUUAAUUUGUACAAGACGUUCAAUCAGUCAGAAUAAUCUGCUUCAUGAGAAAUGCUUCCAGUAGGAAGGGGCUUCUGAUAUUCUGUUUUUGCUGUGUAAUGCUAAAAUCUUCGGCAAUAAUUACUUUACUUUGCCAUGUUAGUGACUUACUGAUCUGAUGUGGCGUUUAAUAGGUUGUGGACUUUUCCUUUUUCUUUUUUUGCCCUGCAUUGGCGCUCUGUUAAUGGUUGUUUAUGAUGCACACCCUUCAGUGAAUUACUUUACUCCGCUCAGAUACAAAAUGCACUCACAACACAAAGACUGUGUACAAGUUUAAUUAAAGAAUAAAUAAAUAUUUUGUGCUUAAUAAUUACU